UCUCAACAUUUGACACAAGAAUUGCAUGACUCGGCCAUCGAUAACGAAUCCGUCACUAACUAUACUAUCAGUUCUGUCAGCAGUGGGGGACAGUCGACGUGUCAGGACAUACCGGCGCCAAAUAGGGCCGGCAGUCACCCAUCGAUGCCUAUAAACUAUUUGAAUAUUGAAUUGACGGACGAUUUUCAGACCACAUCCAGUUCCCCAUAUCUGUCUUAUGUGACACUCACGGCAUAUGUUGGUCACGAGUGGGUCAUUGCAAUGAAGUACAGGUGCGAAGAACACCGAGCCGUCGAGAUAUUGGUACAGGAGUUGAGACAUUAUACUAAAGACAACAAAACAGAUAACUAUAAACUCUGGGAUAACGCCAUCAAAAGGAUUAAAUGCAAUGGAUUUAGUGAUUGUAAUCCUAACAAAUGUCUUAAUUUCUUGAGUAAUACACUGGAUUUGUAUCAAAAGUUUCAAAAUUGUGUUUUAGUGUCUCAUCCGAUGUCCGGACAUAAAGACCGCCACAACAGUGAACCCACUCUUCAAUACAAUGCAUUCAUU